AUGAUGGCCAGCUACCCCGAGCCCGAGGACGCCGCGGGGGCCCUGCUGGCCCCGGAGACUGGCCGCGCAGCCAAGGAGCCCGAGGCACCGCCGCCGCCGAGCCCAAGCAAGAGCGGCAGUGGCGCCGGGACAGCUCCGGAGAAGCCCGACCCGGCGCAAAAGCCCCCGUACUCGUACGUGGCGCUCAUCGCCAUGGCGAUCCGUGAGAGCGCUGAAAAGAGACUCACGCUGUCCGGCAUCUACCAGUACAUUAUCGCCAAGUUUCCGUUCUACGAAAAGAACAAGAAGGGCUGGCAGAAUAGCAUCCGCCACAACCUCAGCCUCAACGAGUGCUUCAUCAAGGUGCCGCGCGAGGGCGGCGGCGAGCGCAAGGGCAACUACUGGACGCUGGACCCGGCCUGCGAGGACAUGUUCGAGAAGGGCAACUACCGGCGCCGCCGCCGCAUGAAGCGGCCCUUCCGGCCGCCCCCCGCGCACUUCCAGCCCGGCAAGGGGCUCUUUGGGGCCGGAGGUGCGGCGAGUGGCUGUGGCGUGGCGGGCGCGGGAGCCGACGGCUACGGCUACCUGGCACCCCCUAAAUACCUGCAGUCCGGCUUCCUCAACAAUUCGUGGCCGCUCCCGCAGCCGCCCUCACCCAUGCCCUACGCCUCCUGCCAGAUGGCGGCGGCUGCAGCGGCGGCCGCAGCGGCGGCGGCGGCGGCGGGCCCGGGCAGUCCGGGCGCUGCCGCGGUGGUCAAGGGGCUGGCAGGCCCGGCCGCCUCUUACGGGCCGUACUCACGCGUGCAGAGCAUGGCGCUGCCAGCCGGCGUGGUGAACUCGUACAACGGCCUUGGGGGCCCGCCAGCCGCGCCCCCGCCGCCGCCGCACUCCCACUCACACCCGCACGCACACCAUCUACACGCGGCCGCCGCACCCCCGCCAGUCCCGCCGCACCACGGGGCCACCGCACCGCCCCCGAGCCAGCUCAGCCCUGCCAGCCCGGCUACAGCCGCGCCCCCGGCGCCCGCGCCCACCAACGCCCCUGGCCUGCAGUUCGCCUGCGCCCGGCAGCCCGAGCUCGCCAUGAUGCAUUGCUCUUACUGGGACCACGACAGCAAGACCGGCGCGCUGCACUCGCGCCUCGAUCUCUGA